AUGCCACCUGUCAAGUCCCAAGCUAGAAGCAAUGCCACAAAGCCGAGGGCAGAGGCAACAAAAAAAGGAAAUCGGCACAAAAAUGUGAGACGAAAUGGUUCCGUAGCAUCUCAGCCUCCCUCUAAAGUGCCUAAUUGGAAACAACAAGGUACAGAGAAUUCACUAACUCUGGAGGACAGAAAGACAGACAAAGUGAAGAGCCAUAGAAGGAACAAAGUAGAUCAGAGUAGAAAGAGAAGUGCAGAACCAAAAGAACCACAGACACAAGUGGGGAGCACUUCAGGAAAUACUGUGAAUCACAGAUCACAACGUAACAAAGAUAGUAAGACGAGCGUUACCAAGACCCCCAAACUCAAGCCUGCACCAAAAGCAGCCACGCAAAGGAGGAUCGACAACAAGCUCAAUACCAAAGCUGAUAACAAGAGACGUGACAAUGUGACAGAGAGUGAGGCAGAGGAGGAAUCGGAGAGCGAGACAGGAAGCUCAGCGGAGGUGACAGAAGAGGAAACCAGUACCGAUGACAAAGAGGAGGAGCGCGACAGUAACGAGGAGCCAUCCGAGACACAUGGGAGCGAGGAGGAGGCUGAGGCAUCAGACACUCAGAGAGACACAGAAGAGACAGCAAACGAGGAAUCAGACAAGGAGCUUCCAAAGAAAGCCAAGUCCAGAAGGGAACCAGUUACAUCCAGUGAAGAAGAAGAGGAAAACCAGAAGGAAAUUGAAGAUUCUGAGACGGUCACCAGCGAGGAAGACAAAGCGCUAACCCAGGAGGACACGUCUGAACAGCCAACAGCUGAUAAAGCCCGCCGACGGCGCAGACAGACUCCACGUCCCUCGAAGCCUCCUGCCCGACCGACGCACAAGAUGUUUAAAAAAACCAAAGCAGAUAAGCAAGCGGAGAAGGCCGAGAAGCAGAGAGCCAAAGCAGAGAAGCAGAGGUUAGAAAAGGAAGCCAAACAAAAAGCCAAGGAAGAAAAAAAGAACAAAAAGAAGGCACAGAAGGACAAACCCAGUUCUGAGAUCCAACCAUCAAAAGGUCUUCCUAUCAACAAGCUCGACUCAGCAAAAGGCAAGACCCGUUUGGUGAACCAAACAAAAAAUAUCAAUGGGAGAGAUGCUCCUGUAGAAACUGAUCCAGAGGAGGAAGAGGAGGAGGCUGAACCCACAUUGACCAAAUCCAUUAAAGGCCAAAACAGAAUUAUGCUUCUCAAAGCCAAAGGUAAAGAUCUCAAAGCCAUUCUGGAGACAGAGGAACAGCAGGAAGCUGGAAGUGUCGUCAAAGCGCGGCACAAAGCCAAUAACACGGUAGAGAAGCCUGACGAGGAAAUAUCAGAGAGUGAGGCCGUUGACGGGGAGUCCAGCAAACCAAAGGAACGUUUGAUAGCCCCAAAAAAAGGUAUGAGCAAUCUUCGCCGAAUGUCUGGUUGGAUUCAGAAAAAGAUGCCCCGGGGGUUAAACAUGAGAAAGAAGCUUUCUGCUUGGACUAAAGCCAUCGGGGUUUCCCAGUGGCUCUCCAUACGGAGGAUAAAACAGAAACCUACAGGGCCUACAAAAUCUAAGGGGAAUAUCCUCAGACAUAGGAUGGCCAUGAGAGUCGCUAGUAAAACCAGCCUGGCCAGUAAGAAAAACAAGAGCGCCUGCGAAAAAACGGGCGAAGAGAAUGCCACCCCCCAGGGAAAGACUGGGGAAGGAGGGGAGGAGGUGCUCCCAGCUUGCGACAAAGGGGUAGAGGCCAAAUACGCUGUGGUACUCCCUAGGAUGAAUAAACUGGGUAAGGCAAAGACAGCCGAGUCGCCUCAGGCAGAUCCUGGACCUUCCACUCCAUUAAGUACCACUGGACCAUCAGGAGAACCCACUACAUCACAGCCAAAACCCCCGAAACCAGGUGCCAGGCUCGUGCUCCCUGUCAAACCAGAUCUCAGCCUACUGAAGUCCAUCAAGAAGUCCUUCCCAGGAGGGUUAAAGUCAGGUGCAGAUGUGUCAGAGAGGAGCCCUGGGUCCAGCGCUACACCGGAGGGAUCAUCCAGCACUGAGGACCGAAACAGGAGAGCAGCCCUCGACAAUCAAGAUGGAGUCAGUGUGCUGCAGGCUACAAGAGGGAAACUGGACCCCUCCAAGAUCAACUUGUCCAAGAUGUCCUUGUCAGGGGGAACAAUAAGUGCUGGGCCGACUCGGGUCAAGGGACGUGAUCCAGAGAGAAAGGCUGCAGCAGGGAUACCUAACCCCACACCUCAGCCCUUUCAAAAUGGGGAAACAGGUGCUGUGAUGUCAGGUGUCCGCUCCUUGUACGAAGAAGAGGCAGACAGGGAAGUCGCCCAGCUGAUGGGUGAGGGGGGUCUCUAUAAGAGCCCCCAAACAGAGGUGCACUGGGCUGGUAACCCACGGAUGAGUGGAGACCCUCAGGACUGGCUGCGAGCUGAGAACCUGUUGCCCCACCAGACAGUGGAGAAGCUAACUAAGAGGACCGUCUAUGAUGACGAGGGCCAGGCCUGGACCGUUCCUGCACAUAAUGGCAGGGGCCCCUGGGAAUCGGAGGACCCCACCCAGGAGAUGCUGGAGGGUCGACUGGUCAGCACACAGGUGCUGAUGCCUGGCAGCAAAAGAGCCGUAGAGGUGGAUGAGGUGGAGGAUCUGUCCCAGCUGGAAGAGGUGUGCGAGAGCUCUGUGCUCCUGAAUCUGAAGAAGAGGUUCCACCGUGACUGUAUUUAUACUUACAUCGGGAACAUGCUGCUGUCCAUUAACCCCUUCACGCCUCUGAACAUCUACACAGAGGAGCUGAGACAGAGAUACCAGGGCAAGGAGCUGCACAGAAACCCACCCCAUGUGUACGCCAUAGCCGACGCUGCUUUCAGUCAGUCUCAAGCCUCCACACAGGAGCAGUGCAUCAUCAUCAGUGGCCAGAGUGGGUCAGGGAAGACUGAAGCUACCAAGCUGAUAGUCCACUACCUCAGCUCCAUGUAUCAGGGCAGAAACGACAACCUGCGACAGCCAAUGGAGGUCUUUCCCAUCCUGGAGAGUUUCGGGAAUGCCAAGACCAUCCUCAACGACAACUCCAGCCGCUUUGGCAAGUACCUCCACAUCCACAUUCUCCAUGGAGUUGUCGUAGGGACCUCGAUGUCCAGAUAUCUCCUUGAGAAGUCCAGGGUUGUCUUUCAGGCCAAUGAGGAGAGGAACUACCAUGUGUUCUAUGAGCUGCUGGCAGGUAUGAACGACUGGGACAAACAGGAGGUCUUCCUGCAGGGAGCCGAGACCUAUUACUACCUAAACCAAGGUGGCGCCUGUGAACUGAAGGGGAAGCAGGACAAGCAGGACUUCCAGCUUUUAGUUCAUUGCUUUGAGACCAUCGGGCUGCAUGCCGACCAGAUCUCCACCGUGUGGGCCAUCCUCUCUUCCAUCCUGCAGCUCGGGAACGUCUGCUUUAGCUCAUACGAGAGCGAGUCAUUCGAGGUGGCUCGUAUCUUAAGCGAGACUGAGACCAGGAGGGUUGGCUCCUUGUUGCAGAUUUCCUCCGAGGCCCUGCAGACUGUCAUCACUCACAGAGUCACAGAGACGACCUAUGACAGGAUCUACUGCCCUCUGUCUGUGGAAAGUGCCAUAGAAUCCAGAGAUGCCAUUGCCAAAGCCUUGUACUCAGUGCUGUUUGACUGGCUGUUGGAGCAGAUCAAUGACUGGCUGAGCCCCACUGAGAUGGACAGCACGGUGGGCGUAGUCGACAUCUACGGGUUUGAGGACCUGGGAGUGAACAGCUUCGAGCAGCUGUGUAUCAACUUUGCCAACGAGCAGCUGCAGCACUUUGUCAACAAGGCAGUGAUCUCCCAGGAGCAGGAGGAGUACAGUGCAGAACAGAUCCAGUGGUAUCCGAUGUCUCUCAAGAACUUACACUCCUGUCUGGAGCUGAUCUCGUCCAGACCGCACGGCAUACUCCGCAUACUGGACGAUCAGACCUGCCUCCCCCAGGCCACUGAUCACACCUUCCUCCAGAAGUGCCACUAUCACCAUGGGAACAGCCCCUUCUAUGCCAAGCCCAAGAACCCGCUGCCAGUCUUCACUGUCUAUCACUAUGCUGGAGCUGUCACUUAUCAGGUUCAUAAUUUCUUGAAUAAGAACCACGACCAGUUCAGGACAGAAGUGGUGGAGCUUUUUGCCAGGAGUCGGCUAAAGAUGGUGUCCGUGCUGUUCCGGAAGGUUCAGGAUGGUUACAUUCAGCAGCGAGAGCUUGGGUGGAGAGGGAAGGGGCUCCGCCAGCUGCCCUCUACAGCUGCGUCCCACUUCCUUCAGUCGCUGAAUGAACUCACCGCUCGCCUGGACAGAUGCAAAACCACUUUUAUUCGUUGUCUGAAGCCAAACUACGUUAAGCUCCCUGGGAUCUUUGACGUGGACUAUGUGUUGGCCCAGCUGAGGCAUGCUGGGAUGUUGGAGACCAUCCACAUCAGGAAAGAGGGUUUCCCCAUACGGAUACCGUACUCCUACUUCAUUGAGAGAUACGGGGUUCUGCUGAGCCAGCGCCUGAGUGGGGUGUCAAACAAAGAGCAGUCGCUGGCUCUGCUUGACAUGGUGGGUGCUGAGGAGGGACAGUAUCAGCUGGGACUCACCAAGCUGUUCCUCAAGGAGCUUCUGUACCAGCAGCUGGAGGAAAAGUGGAACAGCACCCAGACCUGGGCUGCUGUCACCAUCCAGAGGAACAUCAGAGGCUUCCUCUGCAGGAAGAACUUCAGGUUCUUCAAGGAGAAAGCCAUUGUCAUCCAGAGCCACAUCCGGGGACACCAGGCCAGGAAACACUUCAAGCGUCUGAAGCAGUCCAUCACCCAGUUCUGGGCGGUGAUGAUGAUAACCAGGGACACCGUCAAGAGACGCCAUUGGAGGAAGGAAUUUCACGAGAAGAACAAAGUAAAGGCAGUGGCAAAGACUAAGUCUGUCUCUCCAGGAAUGGAUGUGGGGCUGUUGGAGAUCCCUGCUGAGCUGUCAGCCAGACUUCGCAGUGCAGCAGGGCAGCAGCAUUCCUCAGGGGUCUCAGAGGUGGCCCCCCCACAGGUCAAGGCAGAUCACAAGCUCAGCCUGCCUCUGGAUGUAGACAGAUACCCAUUCUCUCGCUAUGCCAAGUCCAUAUUAAAGGAUACAUGGUGCCAGCCUCAGGGCUACCCCCUCCAGAGAUCCCUCACCCCACUGGAGCCUGAAGAUGCCAGGACUGCCCUGGAGAUUUACAAACUGAUCAUGCGGUUCACAGGUGAGUCGGACCUCAGCGGCUGGCAAGAACAGAUGCUAGGUAACUUCAUCGUGGAGAGGGGUCAGAGCCGGCCGGCGCUGCGGGACGAGAUCCUGGCCCAGCUGGUUUACCACCUGUGGGGCCUGCAGGAGGAGCAGGACAGUCUGAGGGGCUGGCUGCUGAUGGCCUGCUGUCUCAGUGCCUUCACCCCCUCACCAACACUGGACAAACCCCUGCUCAAGUAUGUGUCUGACCACGGUCCAGGGGAGUACCGCUCACUGUGCCAACACAAACUAUUGACAUCUCUGCAGCUCCCGGCGCCCACAGCCCGCGUCUACCCCCCCACCCAGCUGGAGUGGACCACUAACCAGAGGAAGGGCACCAUGCUGCUGGACGUGCACACCUUUAACGAUGAGAAGCUGACAACUGAGGUGGGGUCCUGGACCACAGGAGAGCAGAUAGCUUCAUGGCUCCUUCAUUUCAGAGGGGUGUCUGAGGCGGUGCAGGGCUGGUCAGUGUCUCUUCUGACCGACGAUGGCUGGUCAGAUCUGGCCGGCUCGGACUUCGUCCUGGAUCUUCUGGCUGGCGCUGAAGCUGAAGUGCUGCCACCACCAGGGACUCCCUCCUCUACCAACUCGGACUACCUGUUCAGCAGCCAGGGAGACAGGAUGCCAACUACAGAUCUGGAUGACUUCAUUCCACCGGCGCCUCCCAUUCAAGCUCCUGGGCUGCCUCCUUUUGAGGGAAACCCCUGGGGAAGGAACUAUCCUCAGGAAGGCCGUGGGAGACAGAUGGAUGCCUACGUUGAUGACUUGUUUGACCCUGUUCUGGACCAGGGACCUCCGGACAUGGAAAGAGUAGCCAUGCUAAACCGCAGGAUGAGAGGAGGAGGAGGGAUCGGACCCAUGUAUGGAUCUGGAAUGCCCAUGACAAUGCCAGGUUAUCCUAUGGGAAUGGCGGUUAACCCUUCAAUGCCCGGCUAUGGUGCAACUCCCAUGAUGCCAACCAUGUCGGCCGUACCAACCAUGCCAGGCAUGAUGAUGCCUCAGACUCCCAUGCCUGUUGCUGACCCCAUGCAGAUGGCAGCUUCACAGCAGGCUCUCAUCAACCAGCAAGCCUUUCUCAUGGCCCAGCAGAUGACCAUGCAGGCCAUGACUCUGUCCCAGCAGCAGACACAGGAGCAGCAGAGGAAACAGAAAGAGCAGGAGAGGAAGCAGAAGGAGCAGGAGAGGAAGCAGGAGGAGCAGGAGAGAAAGCAGGAGAGAAAGCAGGAGAAGGAGAGGCAGUGGAGACGAAAGUCCGAGCGACGAUCAAUGGAGCGCUCCCCCUCCCCCUCCCCCUCCCCCUCCCGUCAAACUCCAUCACCCCCACCUGCCAAGCCCAAAGCACCGGUACCUAAACCUGCCUCCAGCUACAGGAAGCCUGAGCCAGAGCCAGAGAGAGAAGUGGACUUAGCAGAUCCAGAUGACCUGCACUCUGUCAGAGAGAAGACGGAAUACUUCCAGAAGAUUGGCUUUCAGCCCCCUCGUGAAUCCAAAAGCCCAAAGCCUCGGCCAGCCCCCUCCAGCCCGCCCAGGCCACAGCAACGCUCCCCACCAUCACCAGCUCCAUCUCCCCCGCCUACAGCACCAAAGCCUGAGGUGAAGCGUCUCCACACCCCUCCAGCCAGAGAGGUGGACCCCCCAAAAGCAACACCUGCCCCGGCUCCUCUCGCCAAGCCUCAGCCCCAACCCACCUCCAACAUCCGGGAAAUCAUCAAAAUGUACAACAGCCGACCCCAACCAGAACCCGAACCCUUUGAGCCUGUCAGACCUCCUGCACGGCAUUUUAUAAAGAAGAAUGACCCAAAAGAUGAAGCUCUGGCCAAACUCAAAAACGUGGCACCAGGGCUACAACAACAGGUCAGGAAGGCACGGAAAGGUCUAACUGCUCCAUCUAAUAAGAAAUACCUUUACAUUUCUAUUCAAUUCGGUUCAAUAAAAUUCAACUCAAAGAGAAUCCUUCCAGUGGAGGAGGGGCAGAGGGGAGGGGGGGGGGGGUCAGCUGUGAUUCUAGAGAAAUGUAAAGGUAUUUUUGUAGUUAUUGCUAUUAUUCUGUCUUCUAUUGAGUAUCUCUGUCUGGAAUAUGCCAUGUGCCACAUCUUCCACUUCUUACUGCUUGCAAAGGAGAGUGCUCCGCCGCCAGUCACACCUAAGAAGGCCCCCCCCCCUCCAAGGACCCCCUCCCCAAGGCCCUCUCCUCCCUCCACCAGGGGGCCUCGCGUCAUCUCCAGCAACAUGAAGCAGAAGCAGCGCUCCCUGGAGGACCUGUUUGGCUCGCAGCGCUCCCAGCAACCUCCGCCUGCUCCUCCAGAGUCGCCACCGCCUCCUCCACACCCAGCACCCAUCCUACAGAACAUCCCCUACCCGCCUCCCACGGCCGCCCCGUCUCUCAAUAUGAUGCCAGAUGGGGAGGACGUGCGCUCCCAGCUCCACCGCUUCUCUGCUGGAGUUUACUUCUCUUACUCCAGCAUGCCAGGGAAACUGUUCCUGCGAAAAGAAGUGUUUUACCCCAGGGAGAUGUUCAACCGGCCCUACGUUCUCAAUCUGCUAUGUGAACAGAUCAUGAGGGACACCUACUCUGACAGCUGUGUGAGGAUCAGCAGAGAGGAGAGGAGGAAGAUGAAGGACCUGCUGGCAAAUUUCAAUGUGGGAAUGACUAUAAGCACCAUCCAGAACGACAUCAUGAAGAAGAGGAUUGUGAUUGCUGCUAGAGACAACUGGGAGAACUACUUCACCCGCCUGUUCCCUGUGAAGUUGGGGAGUGGGGACGCUCAGGUCUUGGGUGUGUCUCAUCGUGGGAUUCGUCUCCUGAAGAUGGUCAGAGCAUCAGGCAUCAACCCCAAACACCUCCGUCUGCUCAGAAGCUACAGUUUUGCAGAGUUGCUGUCCGUUGAGCUGCAGGGUGCAGACAGCGUGGAACUGGAGCUGAAGAGUGAACAGUUGUUGCUGCAGUCACCCAGAGCUCCGCAGAUCACUGCCAUGAUCCGCAUCUUCCUCCAGGAGCUCAUCAGGGACUCAGGCCAUGUAGUUGCCCUGAAGAGCUUUGUAACAGAUGACAAAAGUCUGCUCAGAUUCAGCAAGGGUGACAUCAUCAAACUGCAGCCAAUAGAAGGACUUCAGCCAGGCUGGCGUUUUGGCUCCAAAGGAGGUCGCUCUGGUCUCUUCCCAGAGGACCUCACCCAGCCAUCUGCAGCCCCGGACUACCACUGUAUACACCUUGCACGACAAGAUGACAGGAGGAAAAGCAUGAGGGGCACUAGACCUGUCAGUCCACCCAGGGACCCGUCUUCAGGUCUCAUCAGCAGACAUAUGGGUAGCACUGAUUCAGGGCCGACCCGCAGAGAGACCUCCGCCCCAGGACCGGUUCAGAGAUCAGUCCAGAGCUCACUCCAGGGCUCAGUCCUGGACUUGGAGAUUUUCUCAGGCAUGGCUGAGUUUGCCAUGAAGUACUUUAGAGUGGGGACUACAGGUCUGCCAGCAACUGGAAGGAAUUUUUCAGAGGCAGUUCAACACACAGGGGUUCCCAUACAGGAGUCCCUCAUUCUGUACAAUGAUCCUGAAAUCAAUGAUUUAUCUGUCCAGUGCUUCAUGAACCUGAUGCAGUUCAUGGGUGACAUGCCAAUGAAGAAGAAUAACACCCCGUCAGACUGCAUGCGCCACAUCCUACUGUUAGGGAAGGAAAAGGAGCUGCUGAGAGAUGAAAUCUACUGCCAGGUCAUCAAGCAAACCACUAACAACCCGACCAAAGCUACCUGUACCCUCGGCUGGCGGCUGCUCAACAUGAUGACCGGCUUCUUCCCCUGCUCUGCUACUCUGCGGCCGUUCGUCACGCGUCACCUGCGCGACAUCUCUCAGGACUUCGCACAGCCAUACCAAGAGCUGGCGUGUGUGUGUCAGGAGAACCUUCAGCGAUCUCUCAGUUUUGGCGGCCGCCGGAACAUCCCCUCACACGUGGAGAUGGAGGCCAUUCUGGCUGGCAAAGCAUCUCGACGUUUACCCAUCCAGCUGCCAGGGGGAGUGGAUUUUCCCGUCAAGAUACGCAGCUUCAGUAUGGCAGCAGAUGCGGUAACAGAGUUUUGUAAAGAAAUGGGCAUCUCAAAUCUCACAGAAUUCAAAGAGUUCUCCAUCAUCGCCAACCGACAUGAAGAUGGGAUAAUCCGUCCCCUCCAUGCUGAGGAGUAUCUGUUUGACUUCCUGCUGGAUGACGGCUCCAUCUUCCUGUCCCUGAGAAGACUGAUGUGGAGACACCCUCUGUCCUUCAACAGUGACCUCUAUGUGGAGUUCCACUACCAGCAGCUCCUGGGUGACUACCUGAGUGGGCGGCUGUCGCUUGCUUCUGCUGCAGGUGGUUCCUCAUCCGUCCAGCAGAUAGCAGAGCUGGCAGCCCUACAGCACGUGGCUCAGGGCCUGAAGGAUCCGCCCUCACUGUCGGAGAUGAAGGAGUACCUGCCCUCACAGGACGGCCUCAGCAGGAAAUAUGAAGAGAUCCACUCCUUCUGUCUGGGCCAGAUAGCUGCCAUGCACACCCUGAGCCCUCAGGACGCCAAAAUACAAUUCAUUGAGUUUCUGAGCACCCUGCCUCUGUUUGGCUCCAGUACUUUCUUGGCCCAGAAGGUGAGCCAGCGGGGCUUUCCCUCCCCAUGCAUGGUCAGCAUCAGCCAGGAGGGGGUGCUGUUCCUUCACCCAAAAACACAGGAGCGAGUGUUUGUGAUUCCUCUGGUGGACGUGCAGUCCAUGCGCACCCUCCGUCCCAAGAAACAAAGCAAAGUGCCAGCUGUGGACAUCAACUAUGGCAACCCAAGCCGACCCAAAACAGUCACGCUGCAUCUCAAACAGGCUAAGGAGCUGUGCCACAUCCUCGCUCUGAUAAUGGAAGAGUUGAUCCGACCAUCAGUCACCAGCUCCAUUUCUAAUCACUUGUAGAGAGAGAGACACACACACACACACACACACACACACACACACACAGACAUACAGACAGACAGACACACGCAUACUCACAGACGUACACAUACAGACAUACACACACACAUACACACAUACACACACAUACACACAUACACACAUAUACACACAUAUACACACACACACACACACACACACACACACACACACACACACACACACACACACACACACACACACACACACAGUAUUGAGAGCUUUUGUUAAUCACUGGCAUCAGUAACUGACUUUUGUGUUUACCCUUGUUUUUAUUUAGCUUUCCAUCUUCUUCCUGUGUAACUUCAUAAACAGUGUGUCAUUGAUGAAAUGGACUGGAUAAAAACACAAUAUGAACACACAAUCCUCAAUUGCUCUCAAGCACAAUGAUGUUAUCUGAGAGGAAAGUUAUUGACAGCACUACUACUCUGAUUAAAGAAUGAAUGCAGGAGGGAUUACAGUUCCUCAGCAAUUGUUGUAUCAAUAAACCGAUGCCCUCAAAUGA